AUGGAGGCCAUGAAACUUACAGUGGAAGGAGAAGUCAAGCCGCGGUUGACGUUCGACACGGCCGAAGGAACGUUGGUGUUAUCGAACCUGAAGUGCUGGGUGGUCGUGAUGCCACUGCAAGACGGCCUGGACGACGUUAUCGUCAGUCGCGAUGUGAUGGCUCGACGGGGAUACUGCCCUCAUUUGUUGCUGGCGCAAGUGUCCAUGAAGGUGGUUCAGACGAUAAACAAGCCUACAUCGUUUCCCGAAGAAGCCUCGCUCUACCCUGAAGAAGAGCGAGCGAAGAAGGUGCACGACUACGAAGUCGCAGGGUGCGGUGACGAUUUCGCGACACAGCUGUCGAAGCUGUUGGUCCGCUACGAAGACGUGUUUCGACUCACACUUGGUCGAGACCCGCCCGUCGACGUGGCGCCCUUAGUCGUGACGUUGAAGCAAGGCGCCGAACCUGUGCGGUGCAAGGCGCGCCGCUACUCGAAAGAGCAACGUGAUUUCAUGGCGAAUCACGUUGCUGAGUUGGUGGCAGCGGGGCUGUGCUAUCGAAACCCCCGCUCGAAAUGGUGCUCGGCACCAUUAAUCGUCAAGAAACCCGAUGCGAACGAUUUUCGCAUGACCGUCGACGUCCAAGUGUUCUUUAUCCUUGACUUCUUCAAGGGUUACUGGCAGUUUGCGCUGGACAAGACGUCGCAAGAAAUGCUCUCGUUCCUCAUGGAUACGGGCGUUUACACGCCGACGCGAGUGCUGAUGGGCGGAACCGACAGCGUGGCGUACUGCCAAUCGUCGGUUCAAGAAAUGUUCGCGAGCGAUUUGUACAAGUCGCUCUUGGUGAUUUGCCAGGAGCGCGGCCUCAAGCUGAAUCCCAAGAAGUGUCGGUUCUAUGAGACCGAAGCUCGCUGGCGUGGACGAAUCGUGUCGUCCGCAGGCGUCAAGCAUGAUCCCGAAUGCAUCAAGGCGUCAAAAGAGCUGAAGAUGCCGGUGACCGGCCAAGACCUUCAUCAGUUUCUAUGCGCCUCGGUCUACAAGGCGGCGGGCGGUCGAACACGCCAAAAGGUGGCCAAGGUCCUCCUUGCUGAGGUGGGGUGGAACGCUGACCACGCAGCGUGUUUGGAUCAGUGCAAGGAAGCGCUCAGCCGAGUGGUGACCCUAGCUCACCAGAAGCAAGGUUGGCUGAUUUGUGUGUUUGCCGAUGCCAGCGAUUUGCAUUGGGGUGGCCUCGUGACUCAAAUCCCACGCGAUCAAGUGGAUCGCGAACUGGACAGUCAAGACCACGAGUCGCUGAUGUUUCUGAGCGGCACGACUUCUGGCGCCGCUUAA